GUUUUCAUUGAAGAAGCAUUGGAUGGUCAACCAAAACUAAACACGGAAACUUUCAAACAAAUUUUCUCAUUAGUGACAAGCCUUCAUUGAAGAUUAUAUUUUUCUCCAUUUCAUCUAUAUUAUUUUUUAGGAAAAAUACACGGUUGUGAAUGAAGGUCUGAAAUCAACGCGUUAUUUUGUUGAACUCGGGAAAGGUUUUUGUCGGCCCAUAGAUUCAGUUUACACAUGGACAGCUAACUGCGUGUCUGGUUGAUGGUUUGGUGAAAACAUUGAGAUUUAACAGUCUGAGGAUUUCAUCUUCAUCAUGUUGAAAUCUAAAACCUUCGUCAAGAAGACCCGGUCUGGCGGGGUGAUGAAGAUAGUGCGUGAACAUUAUCUGAGGGAUGAUAUUUGGUGUGGAAGCGAAGUCUGUACGGAGUGUAAACAGGAGUCCACGGUGCUGCAGAGAGAUGCGUGUUUAGAGAGCAGUCUGUGCUCUUAUCCUCACUAUCUGAUCCCUGACACCAAUGUGGUGCUGCAUCAGGUAAAAAACUAACAAACCUAAAAUGUAAAGAAAUAAGAAUACGUGUGUGAUCAAGGGGCGGUUUUUAUCAUAUCAACAUGUUCCAGUCUUCCAGGUCCUGAAUAGUUAGACGCCUCUCUGUGAUCCAUCGCGGGUGAUGAAGCCGGUCACUGAAGGAGCUUUCUAGGGCUUUUACAGACUCAUAUAGCGGGUGGGAGACAUUGUCCUCGAUUGAUGACAGCUUUGCCACCUUUGCCUAAAGCAGAGAGAAAUCAUCUUAACAGAGCUAUGGAAAUAAAUGAAUUAUAUAAAUAAAUAAAAAAACAGACCUGUAAUGAGGCAAACGAAAGAUCACCUGUACUUCAGCCACAUAAUGUUUGCAGUGCACUCAAAUCACAACCGUGAUUUUUUUGUGUUAAUGUAUGUAUACAUAUUUUUCCCGCAGAUUGAUGUGCUUGAGGAUCCUGUGAUUCGUAAUGUGAUCAUCCUUCAGACAGUGCUGCAGGAGGUCCGGCACCGCAGUGCACCUAUCUAUAAACGCCUGAAAGACAUCAUACAUGAGAAAGAGAAGCACUUCUACACCUUUACCAAUGAACACCACAGGUGCCAAUACAUUUCUAGCUUUUCUGCAUGAACAGCAGUUUAUUUCAUGGAUUUAAAAAAGGAAAAUUUAACAAAAAAAAAGUUGACAGUGCCCAGGAGGCUGCUACUAAAAUAUCCCUUUUACCACUGAAGUCAAUUUUCAUCAUGUUGUAUAUUUACUCUGUAAAAGCAUAACACUUUCUUGGCCUUCAUGCUGUUAUACGAUCACCUUUUCUUCAGAGAGACGUUUAUUGAACGUGAACCAGGAGAGAGCGCCAAUGAUCGUAAUGAUCGAGCAAUCCGUGUGGCGUCAAAAUGGUAUAGCCAGCAUCUGAAGACAUCCAAAUCUGACGCAGAGGGGCUCAAGGUGGUUCUCCUCACCAAUGACAGUGGGAACAAGCAGAAGGCAGAAGAGAGCGGCCUGCUGGUGUAUAAAUGUUAGUAGUUUGUUUGUUUGUUUUUUUGAGAAAUAGUCUCUCUAAUUACACCUUUUUUUCCCCAAAAACGCCUCUUAAGGCCUCUUGGUCAGUUAAGCAGGAUUCAAGAACUCCAUGUAUGUUUCACUUUGACACAAGCAUUUAUUAAAUUCUGUUUUAGGUGAAGAGUACAUCAAGAGUCUGAUAGCAAACCCUGAGCUUGUGGACCGUCUGGCUUUGUCCAAUGAUGACAAGGUAAUCAGUCUUUAUAAGUUAUCCCCUGUUCUAGCUCUCAUGCCUCGCCAAAAAAUAUGUCUCUAACUCCUUUGUUUGAUGCAUUUGUCUCCCUUCCCUUAGAAUGAGAUCACUGCUAGUAAAGUGCUGUUUCCAGAGCAUCUUCCUCUGUCCAGGAUCCAGGCAGGAAUUAAGAGCGGCUCCUUCCUCCAGGGCACCUUCAGGGCCAGCAGGGACAACUACCUGGAGGCUACAGUCUUUGUGCAGGGAGAGGGGGAAGACAGCAAAGAGGUGUGUGUUAAGGUCUAAAAAGAAAAUCAGAAAAUACAAGGAUAUCUGAGACCUAAUAAAGCAUUUAAUGAAAAUGUCUUCUUGUGUUGUGGUGUAAGUUUCCAGUCAGAGGAUUUAUGAUGCUCUAGUCAGGAGCACAAAUUUGUAUGAAUCUGUAAACCGUUCUUUGUCUUGCUGCCAGGUUCUUCUCCAGGGUCUCCAGAACCUCAACAGAGCAGUCCACCAGGAUGUAGUCGCUGUGCAGCUUUUGCCACGUAAUGAGUGGGUGGCACCCUCUUCAGUUGUCCUGCAAGAUGAAGGUGCAGCAAAAGAUGAUGAGGCUGAAGAAGAAGAAGAGGAGAAAGCGGUGAGUUUGAUUGAACCAGCUCACAAUUAUGGAUUUGUUUUCUUCUUGGUUGCUCAAUGGAUGUAGAUGCUAUAUGCUAGUCACUCUUUCUCAACACUUUUUAAUUUAAUGACAAACUUGCUGUUAAAUCAUCUUCAUGAGUUCUGUUCUCUUCUGUGUCUGGGCAGUUGAGGAUAUCAGCAGCUGAAGCAGCCAGAAAACCCACAGGGAAAGUUGUCGGGAUCAUCAAACGGAGCUGGAGACCCUUCUGCGGCAUGCUCAAUCUCUCCCAGAUCAAAGAGGUCCAUCUAGAGUUGUUCUAUUUUAAUUUAUUUAGAAACUUGAAGCUGUCCAAACAUGGUAUUUUCACACUGAAUGAGUAAAUACGUCUACUGUACAGUUUGAAAACUGCGUCACACUUCCUUGUCUCAUUCUCUCUGUGCUCACCAUCGCUCCCUUUUCUUUUCCUCUCAGUCAACCCGACAUCUCUUCACCCCGGCAGACCGUCGUAUCCCUCGCAUUCGCAUCGAAACACGCCAGGCAGCCACAUUGGCUGGCCAGAGAAUUAUGGUGGCCAUUGAUGGCUGGCCAAAGAACUCAAGAUAUCCUAAUGUGAGUGAAAAACUGCUGAUACUGCUACUGUUUCUAUAUUCUGUGUACAGUAAGAUAAACCAUUUUUUCCCCUUUUGUUAGGGUCACUUUGUGCGCAGUCUGGGUAGUGCAGGGGAAAAGGACACAGAGCAGGAGGUGCUGCUUUUAGAGCAUGAUGUCCCCCAUCAGGCCUUCUCUCAGGCUGUGCUCAGUUUCCUCCCCAAGAUGCCUUGGGGUAUCACACCAGAGGUAACAGCAGCGUUUCUGGAGAGUUAAUGAGCAGGAUCCUCGUCUCAUUAAUGUUGAUCCAUCAUCAUUUAGUCUGUCAGCCCAUUUUUUGGCAUUUCUUUACUUACUAAUGUCUCUGUGUUGAUAAGGACAUGGUGAGGAGAGAGGACCUGAGGCAGCUGACAGUGUGCAGCGUCGACCCUCCUGGAUGUACAGACAUAGAUGAUGCUCUUCACUGUAGGGAGCUGGACAAUGGAAACCUUGAGGUACAGAAAUUGUUCAAAAGUAAAAGCAGUAAUUAUGUAGUAAUAAAGUUUGAUAGUUAUUGUAUUGAAAUUUAAGAGAAUGUCCUUACUUGCUUCAGGUGGGCGUUCACAUUGCUGAUGUCAGUCACUUCAUCCGACCUGGCAAUGCUUUGGACAAAGAGGCCGCAAACCGAGGCACUACCGUCUACCUGUGUGGCAAAGUAAGAAACACACGCACACACAUGAAUCAGAUGUUUCCAACAUUAAUUUACAAGUUUAUUCUGAAUUAAACGAUUUUAAUGGAAAACAAAAGUUUGCGUUUAAGGUGAAAAGAAGAUCUGUUUACACUGAAGUAAACUUGACAUGUUGUCAACCAAUUCAAAUCAGUUUUUGCUUUGCAUUUUGUUAUAGUACAGAUCACCACCAUGGGCUGUAUUGCAGCUCAAUUGCCUUUUUUAUUGAAGCUUGUUAUCUAAAGAUGCAAAACAAUCAAGAUACAUUUGGGUUGCAUCAAAAUUUUGCAUAUUCUGAUCAUUUCUGUUUUGAUUGACAGUUAAACAGUAAGGAGAUCACUAUGUAAAUGAAAAAUUUCACACUAAAAACUAAAAUAAAGCAAAUUUAAUGACUCUUUUUAUGUUUGUGUCCAUCAGAGGAUUGAUAUGGUCCCUGAGCUGCUCAGCUCCAACCUUUGCUCUUUGCGCUCCAAUGUGGAAAGGUGCAGACUUUUGAAUAUACACACUUGCACUGAGGCUACAUUCAUUAUUACCAAUGCUUUUCCUCCCCAGUCUUCCCUAAACUUGCCUCUUACUCUUUUUUUUAUAUACCAGGUUGGCUUUCUCAUGUAUCUGGGAGAUAAACCACCAGGCUGAAAUUUUAAAGACCAGGUUUACAAAAAGUGUCAUUAACUCAAAGGUAUUGUUCCAUCAGAUAAUGUAUUAUUCCUUGAAAUUUAGUUUUUGAGUAAUGUUCCUUGAAGUUAAAAAGAGAGCAACAGAUUUUAUUAACUAUUUCUGAGACAUAAAAUUACAGGAUCAAGAUAUUUUCAGGCAUCAUUUGGGUUUACUACUGUCCUGUUUACCUUCGGCUCUUCUAUCUGGUUCAGGCGUCUUUGACCUAUGCUGAGGCCCAAAUGAGGAUUGAUGACACCAGCAAGAAUGAUGAUAUCACCAAGAGCCUCCGCGGCCUCAACAAACUUGCUAAAAUCCUCAAAAGGAGGAGGAUAGAGAAGGGGUAAGGAGUAUAGAAAGGGUAAACAUUCACUUCAUCUUAUACGCUGACAACUGAAAAUCUUGUUACAGAGAGAAAAUUAGAUUUGUUAAUCUUGAAUUAUGUGUUACAGGGCACUGACGCUGUCAUCCUUAGAGGUACGGUUCCACAUUGACAGUGAGACUCAUGAUCCCAUUGACCUCCAGACCAAGGAACUCAUGUAAGUGACUUGUGAGUGAAAAAGGAAGCAUAUUUAAGUGCUUUAUUUAUUUAUUUUUCUGAGAGUCAUGCCACUUCUUAUGUAAAUGAAUCUCUCUGUGUCAUCAUAGGGAGACAAACUCCAUGGUAGAGGAGUUCAUGUUGCUGGCCAACAUUUCAGUGGCCCAAAAGAUCUAUGACGAAUUUCCAGACUGCGCCAUGCUGAGGAAACAUCCAGCUCCACCUCCAUCAAACUACGACAUCCUACUCAAGGCUGCAAAAUCCAAGGUGAAGACCUGGAGAUAGAGGGUCAUAUUUAAAACAGCUUUUGUUAAAUUUUUUAACCACCUAAUUUCCCUUCAGUUCUCUGUCACAAUCUGAUGGAAUAUAUUUGUUAUUACCAGGAGGUUAACAUCCACACAGAUUCAGCAAAAGCACUUGCUGACUCCCUCGACGUCGCCAAAGUGGACGGCUUCCCCUACUUCAACACGUUACUCCGCAUCCUGGCCACUCGCUGCAUGAUGCAGGCCGUCUACUUUUGUUCAGGCAUGGACAGCGAUUUCCACCACUAUGGGCUCGCCUCACCUAUUUAUACACACUUCACAUCCCCCAUUAGAAGGUAUGGAAACAGAUGUUCUGCACGUCUUACAUGAACACGUUGAGUUGAAUCUUUUUGGCCUUAAAGUGGGCGUAUUUCUUUAUAACCUUUUUUGACAGUAAGAUUCUCCUUUUCCGUCUUCUCUGCACAGGUACGCUGAUAUCAUCGUACAUCGCUUGCUGGCAGUGGCCAUAGGGGCAGACAGCACCUACCCAGAUUUGAUGGACAAACACAAACAGUCAGCCCUCUCCAACAACCUCAACUACAGACACAAAAUGUCUCAGUAUGCACAGAGGGCAUCUGUGGCCUUCCACACACAGGUAAACACUGGUUUGCUUUCUUUUUAAACUUUACUGACCCCAAAAUUAGGCCCAUCUAUGGCCCCUCUGAAUGAACAUCGUGCUUUUUUAAAACAACGCUCUCUUUUUUUCAGUUGUUCUUCAAGAGCAGAGGCAUACUGAACGAGGAGGGAUUUGUUCUGUUUGUGAGGAAGAACGCGAUCAUUGUUCUCAUCCCUAAGUUUGGCCUGGAGGGGACGGUCUUCUUUGACAGCAAAGACAAGGCUGGCCCAAACCUUGUUUUUGAUGAGGAGGUAUCAACACUAGCUUCUUUUCACUGAUGAAGGAACUUUGAGAAUUUUUUUUAUAAAGCAAUCUUGAGGCUUUAGCUAAUUCUUCUGUGUGUUUAGGGUCCCACUCUGACGAUCGAGCAGCACACCUUCCACAUAUUUGACAAAGUGAAGGUCACUAUCAGCCUGGAUGACUCCAACAUUCAGCACCAGAAGAUCCGCAUGGCUCUGAUUGACCCGGUGGUAAGGACCAAUUGAACUGUGUUCAGCUUUCCCAGCAUUACUUAGUUACAGCUACCACUGCAACAAACAGUUGAACCUCUUAGAUUCUUCACACAUUUGUUUCUUCUAACACUAAUAAGGUUUGUUUCGAAGAGAUAAACAUGUUUCCAGUAUGUUCUUAUGACAGUCUUUCUAACUGAAAACCUUCUGGCUUAUUUUUCUUUUUUUUAUUCAGAUUCCUGGUGUGAGCGUUGCAGUCCCAGAAAUUGAACCCCAGGCCAAGAAACCAAAACUGGACCGCUGAAACAGACAGCAGCAGAGUUGUUCCUCUGAACCUGCUCAUUGAGAAACAGAGGUCUAUGAUAGAGCCGCAGUGAACUGUUCAUUACAUAUCCUGUUUAAGCAGAGAGGUUUUUUAAUAAAUGUACCACAGUGAUGCUACACUCUGCUCUUUGCUUUUUUUAUGCUUUCUGGAAUAUUCAUAAAUGAGAUCUGUCAGCAUUGUUAUUGUGUCUCAGUCAUUAAAAUGUUACCCUUUUUUCCCCCACUACCAAUCUCAAACAGCAAAGCUACAUCUCGCUGCUACGCGUAAUUGCAUAUGGUAGGAAUACUAAGUCGACAUCCUUGUUUCCAAACCCAAAUUUGAUGAACUAUCAAAGCA